GGGAUGUGGUGUGGUGGGUAGGGUACCCAAGUUCGUCGGCCAACGUGGGCACAAGCUCAAUUCUUAAGACCUGAGCCUCGCUCUGUCGUUCGUGUGACCCCGAUAGCUUCCACUCCCUCGUUUCGUCUGCACUCCGAGCGCUCGAGGAAUUUUCAGUUUGAGGUAAUUUGCUGUCGGAGAAGGUAGGCACCAUGACGGCUGUUGUUGGAAGGCCUCUGAUUAAGGUCGCGGCCGCGGAGGCCAAGCGCAAUUGGCCUUUCGUGAUCGGAUUUGGCGUGACUCUUUCUGUCGUUUUCAAGCUGUCGACUUCUUUGAAGCCGGAGGAUGCACAGAAAUCUCCUUUCAUCAAUGUACAUGCCCACAGGUGAUCAUCUGAUAGAAUGGAAUGGAGAAGCAUGAUGUCACCUCAUGGUGGAACGUUCGAGCCAGCAAUUCAUUUUUGUUGUUACUUUCAUGAAGAAGUGAUCAGGUUGAACACAAUUGGGUAACUUGAUGCAAUCUACCUGGUCACGCGUCACUGGCUCUUAGAGUAUUUUUUUGGACACAGAAUCAAUCAGUCCGGUGCUUUAAUAAAGAUACGUCCUGAUCGUAUGUGAGUCGAAUUUAUCGUGUUCUUGUAAGCACUAUACGUCCUUCCACCAGUUGGACAAAUAUAAAACUUGCUCUGGAACUGUUCAAUUGUUCUUCAUAGCAUCUUCGCCCAGCUGACUUCAUAACUGUAGAGCAUGAACCUCCUUACUCCGCAGAUUUGGCUGUUUUUUAUGUGACUUGACUCUCAUGGGUCAUGAUAUUUUUCCAGUUUGAUUUAAAUGGAAGUCUGCAAUUCGAAGUUG